CUUGUGAGAAUAUUGGUGGGGAUCAUGUAAAAAGAGGUGACGCUUACGCUGAAAUUGAAAACUCGACGUUCGAAUCUGGUGACAUUAUUAGAAUUCUCACUCUUGAUGACCCUAUUGGUGACAAAGCUCAUCAGAGAUAUUGUGAGGUCAAGCAUAUCCUUGAAUGUAUAUUGGAUGCAGCUUUAUUGAGAAUUAAUGAGACGCAUAGUCAAGGAUUAGAAUAUCAUGCUAAACGAUUAAAAGCAAUGAUUGAUAAUUAUUCUCUCGAUUUUCACUUAAAGUGUAAUGAUAUCACUUAUUUGUUAAGAAAGAAUCAUGAUGUUGAAGUUUUGUUCUCGAAUUCGGACAAACGUGAAGAAGCUGUCCAUGCUUUACGGGACGAAUAUAAGAAUGAUCUGGACAAAGUC